AGUUCUUAAAUACUUUCAGUUCAGUUACUGAAGUCGCGUUGGUUUCGUAGAACGUCUACUCUUAGUUAAUAAUGUUACGGAUAAUAGGAAAAAUAUUCCUAUUCUUAGGUUUAAUCUUGUUUACUUCGGGUCGUGGAAUUAAGCCAUAUGAAAUAGGAAAACAACUGUUUCUAAGUCGAAGAGUAGUUACUGAAACUGCCGAGUUUGAUGGGGGUAUACUAGUGGAUGAAAAAGGAAUAAUAGAGAGCGUUCUGACGCGAGAAUCAGUAGACAUGCUUCUUCAGGGUUCUCCAGAAUCACUAAAGGUAUUUGAUGGUGGAGAUUUGGCAUUGAUGGCUGGUGCAAUUGAUUCGCAUGUGCACGUCAAUGAACCGGGACGAACUUCUUGGGAAGGAUUUGUAACAGCAACGCAAGCAGCUGCCGUGGGCGGUUUCACUACUAUUGUGGAUAUGCCUCUAAAUUCUAUCCCACCUACGACGACUUUAGAGAAUUUAAAAAUUAAAGCAGCCGCAGCAAGAGAAGAAAUAUUUGUUGAUGUUGGUUUUUGGGGAGGCGCUAUUCCUGGUAAUGAAGAUGAGUAUUCUCAGAUGAUUGAAGCUGGAGUAGUUGGCUUCAAAGGAUACCUUAUCGAUAGUGGUGUAACAGAAUUUCCAUAUCUAGAGACUGACGAAAUAAGACCAGUAUUUGACGCAUUAAAUGGAACUGAUAUUGUUUUAGCAUUUCACUGCGAAUUGAAUGACACCACUUUUAAAGAUAAUUACAACAGAAACGGGUACUAUUCAGACCCCCGUCUCUACGACACUUACUUGGCAACACGCCCGGAUCAACUGGAGCUAGAUGCUGUUUCCCUAAUUGCAAAAUAUAUAGAGGAAUAUAAUAUCCACGUCCACGUAGUUCACGUCUCAGCUCAAGGUGUAAUACCAAUUCUCGAGGAAGCUAGAGAAAAAAGAAUACAGUCCGGCAGCACGCUAUGGCGUGGUGGUGUGACUGCGGAAACUUGUCACCACUACCUCACACUUAGUUCCGAACAGAUCCCUCCAGGACACACAGAGUAUAAAUGUUCCCCGCCUAUCCGUAACCAAACUAACAAGGACAAAUUAUGGCAAUACAUUAAAGAAAGUAGGUUCGAUUUAAUUGCAUCAGAUCACUCGCCAUCGGUAGCCAGUUUGAAAGGAUCCAACUUUUUGACGGCGUGGGGAGGUGUGUCGUCUGUUCAGUUUGGCGUCUCAUUAUUCUGGACUGAAGCUAGAGCUCGUGGAUUCAAAUUGAGUACUGUGAGUAGAUACUUAUCGUCUGGUCCAGCGAUGCUAACUGGUUUGCGAACAAAAGGCAUGUUGAAACCGGGUUAUGAUGCAGACUUCAUCUACUUUGAUCCAGACGCUUCUUUUGUAGUUACGCCUCAAAUAAUCACAUAUAAAAACAAGAUAAGUCCCUACAUGUACAGAGUUUUACAAGGGACGGUCGUUCAUACAUUCCUCAGAGGACAACUUAUCGCGUCCGGUGGAGAGAUUGUAAACGUUCCACAAGGAGAGCUAUUACUGAAUGAAGACCUUGUGUUCGAUUAAAACGAUUAAUUAUUGUUUAAAACAUUGUAAUACAGUCUAAUCAAUCAUGCAAUUCAACACCUUGAUUAAGAUCAAUUUAAUUCGUAAAACAGGAAAAAAAUUAAAACAUUGGAACAGUA